AUGAAGUUCAAGAAGUUAACAAGGGUCUUUGUUGGUGUAACCUGCUUCGCAAUUUUGGUUCAAACUGUAUUUUGUCGUUUAUACAUUGGAACGAAUACACAGUUCUGCUGUGAAAAGACUGUAAACUCAAGUGGCUUCCGCUGCUGGAAUAAAACAGUAAAGGAAAAUGGAGUACAGGAUGCGUGGAAAUUCGACAACUGUUCUCAAUAUGAGAAUGAAAAAGCAUGCUUUAAUGUCACUGAGAUGCAUUCUUGUCCACAGAAUCAUAGUUCUACUCUCCCUGUGCAGGAAAAAAGACAAAUUCACAUUGGAGCGUUUGUUCCAUUCCUAAAAGAUGACAGAUACGGACAUUUCACAGCGAUGAAAAUGGCCAUUGAUAUAAUAAACAAUCGAACUGAUAUUCUAGAUAAUUACACUCUGGUGCUGGACUCUGAAGAUACAAUUUGGGUAAGUGCAUGAUACUUUAUUGAUAUGAAUCACUUCACUGAGGAUGAUUUUGAUGGGUCAUUCUUGUAAGACGGACUUAACAAUUACUUCUAACAUCUUCUUGUCAGGAAGAACACGAGGAGCGCUCAGACCAUUUGUACGGAAAAUCCGAUAAUUCCGGGAGUAGUUAUGCUUCAGCAAACUUAACCGGAUUUAGGUAUAGGUAUAGGUAUAGGUAAGAACCCUAAGUGAGAACCUUGACGUAUUACUAUAAAAACACAAAACAAUUAAUAACUUGACGAAGAUCAAUUAAAACACACGAUUAAUAAUUGCUAGCAAUAAAACCAAACACGUUUCUUAAGACACGAGAAAUCAACUCUAUGACCCUUUAAGAGGCCUUGUGCCUAAGAAACGACCAAUGAUUUCCGGCUAAAAAAUAAAAUCGGCCGAUUUUUAUCUCCCAAGCAGAGGUUACCGAAUACUAUUCAAAAAUGAAUUUCUUUUGUUUCAAUUUCGCUUUAAACCAAAAAUAUCGAGCCGCAACCUUUUUCCGUCUGAUAGCAGCAAAAUCAGGCCUAAAAUAAGCCCUCGCCAAAAAUGGUUCAGAAAUCACUAUCGCAACGCAAAAUAACGAGAAAACCACACAGUGAUGAAGAAAAAGGCCUUUUAACGCAAUAUCAUUCGAUAAACAUCGAAAAAUUGCCGAAGGGAAUAAAAAUAAAUUUUCAAAUACUGCAUAUUAAAUUAGAUGGAGCGUUGGAGCUGAUUUUAAAAUAUUUAUUUCUCAAAAGUCCAAAGCUGUUGAAAGCAAUCAAAGUGAUGAAUCAGGCAUUGGAGGGAUAUACAUUACGAUUCUGGAAAAACAUUUUUCGGCCAAAUUAUAUUGACGUUGUACAAAGCGUUCAAAGUUGCAGUGUUUACCGUUAUCUUGCUACUUCGGCGAAACACUUCUCUGUUGCCAAUACGGCCGUGGAUAGCGUGGUAAACGCCACUUUAAUCCUUGCUAGGCGCUCAGAGACCAUCCUAAGUAGAAGGACGUAGAAUUAAAAGAGAAAGGAAGACCAAAAAUAGGCAGAAAAAGAAAACAACUCGAAAUUACCAUCUGCUGACGAAACUUGAAUGUGGAAAAUGUCGUCGCGUGACAGCGGCCAAUGACGUCUUUGUUUAAACUGCGGCGGAAUCCAAACGAAUGCACAACUUUUUCCCAGAAAGCACUUAGUGAAACAAUGUAAUGUUACUUUUUCAAAAGCGAUGGUGACUUAAAAAGAAAAAAAUUCCCGAACCGCCGCACCGUUUUGGCCUCAUCGUGAUCUGAUCAUUAGGGACCUUAAGAUACCCUGGACGAGGCGGUAAAGAGAACGGAGAAAGCCUGGAGCGAGGACGCCGCCACCUUCGCGGGAAAAACAAAUUAAGAUUGAGCAGGUUGGGUUGAGUGCUCGCCUGACGAGAGAAGAUAAAGUAAUGCUUUCGUGUUUUAAUUCCAUGACGUCUUUUAGAAAAACUCGUGAAGUCUUGCUUGAUUCACCGUAACGAUCUUUUAUUGGAAGAAAAAUUUGUACUACUGGCUAUGACUCCAGUUUCUCUUCGAGGGAAACUUGAGGGUAUGAUCGGAGUUUAUCUUCGAGGGAAACUUGAAGGUAUGAUCGGAGUUCAGGUUAUCAGCUAUUUGUUGCCAGACUUUUUCGGUUUCCGUUGUUCUAGAUCUUCCUUUAAAACGAUAUGGUUCUGUUAUGAGAACUUCCCGUACUAAGGCGAGAUUUUGAUCUUCAGACCGCUCCAUCGCUGAACUGAAAGUGAACAAAAUGAAAUUAUAAAAGUUAAUAAAUGAACAAUGGCGUCUUGUUCAGGAUCUCAAUUUUCUCCAACAUGUUCAAGUUUACUACAAGCCUAGAUUUUUGUUUUCCAACAAUUUUUAUUCGACUUCUCGUCUCUUAAAUUUUUCAAAUACUAUCCUAAAGCGAGAACGUUGUCCCCUUAAAAAAAAGCAGUUAUAGUGUUACAUUUGUGUCGAAAGACUAAGCGCUUUCAUCCUCAGUUGCCGCCAAAACACUGAACCUAAAAGGCUUGAUAGCAAAAAAAUAAGAGUCAAUCUUGAGAGAACACCACACUAAAAACACUUAAAUGUGUCUCUUGAAGUAAAAUGGAUCGAAAAUCCUGUACGAAAAACUAUUUCUGCACUGAAAACAAGAAAACCAACUCACCAUUUUACGAGGCGGCCAUACUUCUAGUUUUCACCGUCGCGACUUCAGGUCGACGCUGUGGCAUUAUGCUAAUUAGUUCCAAGAAUCGAACAUUUCACUUCCGGUUGACGUCCUCCUCGGCCGCGUCCAGAGUAUCUUAAGGUCCCUAUUGUGGGGUCACGAGUCGACGCUUCUGGCCAGCGGUCUAUUGAAAGAAAUCUGAUCCCAUAUUACUUUUUUCGGGCGAGAAUCAUUCAUGUCAAUGUCCGAUGUCUUCCUUCAAGGAAAAAAAGAGAGAGAUAUUGGAGUACUGUUGCUCCUGAGAACGAGGAACAUCUUGGUCCCGAAAACUGAGUUCAUUACGCCCAAGAAUUACGUUUUUUUUUCAUUUUUUUUUUCUCAAAGGACUAUUAUCUGGCGCUAUAAAAUGUAGCUAACAGAUUCAAUUCUUGGCACAAUGAUUAGCCUCGCGUUUAGUAUUUUCUUGGACAUGAAGAUAUCGGUUGUGACGCUAUUCGGUUGAAUGGCGGACUGACGGAAUAACGGAACGGAAAGAUGGAAUACACGGAAUAUUCUAAAAUACGGAAUAUACGGAAUACUCUAAAACGCAGAAUAGGAGAAAAAUCGUUUAAAAAGGGUAUACAUGUAUACAGUCGACUCCAAUAACUCGAACCCUCGCUACUGACUCGAACCUCGUGCUAACUCGAAGUAAUACUAAUUUUUGUUUCUCUUCAGAUCGUUUCUGUAUAAUUUUACCCUCAUUAACUCGAACCAUGUUUUAUGCGCGUGACAAGUAAAAGAAUUGACUUACCGUAAUGAUUCGAUUUAGCGCCCAGGCGUUUAUUUACUUUUGGUGCCUUUAGGGAGGACGCCUAUUCGGGACUGGGCGCUUAUUUCUUUUUUGAGAAACAACCAAGCGUUAAAAAAAAGAACUUUGAUAUUUAUUUAAAAACGAACAAUAUUUGUAGCAGUAACAAAUACUGACGGUGAAUGCUCAGUUAACGCGAGGGACAUACCUUGAAACUUGUUGGGCAUUUGCUGAUGGAACUUUCCUUCCUUAUAUUCACCUUUCUUAAAAAAGCUCGCAGUGAGAACAAAGUGCAAGUCGAUUAGGGUAAUGGAUCAAGGAGACUGGAAAACGGACUUGUUGUCCCUGGAUCCUUCCUCGCCAGAACGACCAGUCGAGCAAUCUCCACAAAAUUUGAAGAAGAGAUCAUUCCUUCGAAGACUUUAUGCACUCACAUGGAUAUAAGACCACUGUUUUUAUAACGUGGAAAUACCGUUCGUUUGUGAGCUAUUAAAUGGAGAUGAACCUCGGUUGAUACGUACCCGUACUCUUCUAUAAUAUUAGAAUGGGGGCGCUUAUUAACAAAACAAAUUUGAAGGGGGCGCUUAUUGGAAGGAGGGCGCUAAAUCGAAUCACGGUUUUGGAGGCCGUCUUGACGGGUAAGCAACCACGUGAAAAUAUACAGCGUUGUGUGUAAUUUUUUUUCCUUCCUGCCGAAUAAAAUUUCCCAGGAAAAAUUGCGGACAAAUGUCUGGAAAAUCUAAAGCAAGCGACCGGACAAAUUUAGGCACAGGUGCGUUCCCCAUUAAUUGGUAGCACAAUCCUGUCAAGCUUAAGUUUACAAUUCUUUUUUUUAGACCAGCCGUUUUAUGAAAAUUAUCCGACAUUAGAUUCCCGUGAGACCGGACCCUUCACCCGUCAAGAUGGCUUUCAAAACCGUCAUAAGGUCUAUAGUGUGGCCUACGGCAGUACGAAAAUUGAAUUUUUAAUAUUCAAAACAACAGAGUAUUCUUUGCCUCUGCUUUUUCGUCAGUCUAGUUCAAAUCAAAUACAGAAUAUUCUGUAAAUUCCGUGUUUUAGAGUAUUACGUAUAUUCCGUAUUUUACAACUGAUUCCAUGUAUUCCGCCAUUCCGCCGAAUAGGGUCACCCAAAUAUUGCGGAGGACAUCAUAAAAAAAGAUAGGAGACCGGUAGGACUUUUAAAUCGAUGAAAGUGCCUCACUCAUUUUGCAACUUCAUUUUAUAAUAUGCUUCAUAAUUUGCAUCCACAAUAAUAUUUAUGAUAUUUAGAUAAUAACCAAUGCACUACGCACAACUUGUCACAUUACAUUGGACAGCAUACCAUGCACUCAAACUCUUGCGCAGGAAAGUUACAGAAUGAAAUUAUUUUUUGCUGCCCUCAGUCACAUUCCUUUACACUGAAACCUUGGCUAAAAGGUCUGUUUUUAGAUCUGUAGAUUUGUAAGCUAUUUCGAAAUACUCGUACAUGUCUUUCAGCACUAACAUUGAAAGAUGAAAGUUUGUUGCUGUGAUAAUUAUGACAAAGAUUGUAAACAUCAAAUAUAAUUGGAUGUUUUAAGCCCAAAUAUUCCAUCACCUCUUCAACAGCAUGGAGGGGGAAAUGGGGGCUUACGGUAUUGAGCUUUUUUUCAAGCGGUAUUUCGGUAAUUUGGAUUUUAAAGUGGGGUAUCGCGGUAUCAUUUAGCCCUGCGGUAUGCGGUAUUUCAUCCUUUUGGUUAACGGUAUUCAGUAAAAGAAGAUCCUUCACGGUAUUGCGGUACUGUUCAUUGUGCUCUCCUGUUUAAUGCUAGCCGGCGUAGCAGGCGCUUGGAUGACCCCUCGCGUAACUCCCUCACGCGCGCUCGUUCUCUCUCGCGCCCACUACUUCCAAGCGCCUGCUACGAAGGUUAGUUUAAUGCACGUCAGUAUUUUCAAGACUUUCAAUUAAUGGUAAAUGAUUACCAUUACACAAUUUCUGACAGAUAAUCUAUGAUGAAAUUGGUAGGGUAUCUUUUUCGAUCGUUGUACCGAUCAAUUCGAGGUCGUCUCACGUUUCCUCGCAAUGGCUGAGGUUGAUUGCUGGUGCAUAAAUGCUUGGAAUAAGCAAACACGCAAGAUGGAUUCAACUUUAAGUAAGCAUGACCGAAAAUAAAUGCGGUAUCGGUAUUUCGUCGAUUUUUGACACGGUACUUCGGUAUUUGCCCAUUUUUCUUACGGUAUUGCGGUAUUGGGUACCUACCAAUGUCCCCUCUAGCAUGGCGUUGCUCUCCAACUUCGUCACCUUUCUUCAGGUCCGCUGACCCCUACACGCGCUGACCCGUAACGUCCGUUGGAAUGUAUGUAACGAAAUACAAGCAGCCCACAUUCAAAGUACUUGGAGACUAGCUGAGGCUGAAUUCAUCAUCAUUAAUGGCAAUAACAUAAAACUGUUUCACUUCACGAUUUCUGGUGAUAGAAAGAUUGUUUUUUCUAACUUACAUUUCACGUAUUUGUUUGGAUCCCGCUGCAGUUCGGACAAAUGAACGCUGUCACGCGACAACAUUUCCAAGAUUCAACUUUCCUUAGCAGAUGGUAAUUUCGAGUCAAACUCAAUUUCAAUUCUUACAUCACCUGUCAGAGGGGGGUUUCUUAGGGAUGAGUCGUCAUCGCCUGAGGGGACGUUGUUCCAGAAGUAAAGUGUACAAUAUCUUCCCUGACCUCUAUCUGAAGGUUUAAUCAUGGUGCUACCUCCUUUAAUAGUUUUGGCGAGAGUUAUGAGCAUGCAAUGAUAGCCUGCAUAAUCCUUGGCUUCAUCUGUUCCAUUCAAUUCUAGGGUAGAAUAAGGUCUUUCUUCAUUUCCAAUCAUUUGCUUCAUUCGAGUCACUCCAAACGUUUGGAAACAGAUGGGGUAAUACCCUAGAUCCCCAUUAAACGCCUCUGAAAGAAUCAACCCCCACAAUGGUACGAUCUGGGGUCCUGCCGGGGAAAAGAUUCGCCUCCUAUCAUCUGGUGGUGUUUCCUGGGAAGGUAAACGUUCUGCUUUCACUGGUCGUGCCCAAAUACUUGAUCCACUUGCCUUUCACACAAUAUUUGGCCAAACUGUUGUAGAGGGUAGGGUUUAGAAUAGGUCUGGACAAAUAGAGAUUCACGCUGAUAUCAUCAUUGGUAAGAGUGGUUUGUUUUUUAGCAGCAAUAUUGGUUCCCCACGGGAAGAAAUUAGGACUGUUUAAAUAAAAUUUCAAUCCUUGCUUGACUCCAGGUGCUAACAAUUUUCCUGUAUAAAACAUCGCUAGAUGAUACCGAACCAUCAAGGGUACAACUUUAUUGCCGUUAAAUUUUUGGUGGCUUCUUUCAGAGCAAAGGAAUCUGCAUGCUUGUAUCCAGUGUUGGUAAUUUUAUCAUCUGUACCACUUGUUCUGGUUAAGGAGGGUAUUAAUUUGGAUUAAUUUGUCGCCCAUUCAAGGCCAUGGUGAUGUUUUUAAAGAUAGAAUGAGACAAAUUAUUGACUUGGUAGACAUAUUUCGUUGCUGUGUUAUCAGAGGCAGCAUCAUCUCCAUCAGAAAGUCCAGGUGUAGUGGCGGCGGUUUUCAGGCGUAAAUUAAUUUGCAUAUAACUUUGAGCGGAUUCUAUAACUAUGGGCCCGACUUCAGAAAUCACAUGUUCUUUUAAUCCACGACCACACAUAGCUGGCGUGUGGUACCUCCGUAGACGUCCGCCACGCAUCGGUGAGUGCGUAUGAAACUUAUGUUACGGAACGUUUGGAAUCUUGUGAUCAAGGCCAACUUUUAUACCUGUCUAAACAAGACGGUCAGGAAUGUUUUUCCUUGAUCCAACUCCACCAUAGAACCAUCAUUUUCUCGUAAAUGUGUUUCAGUUGUUUCCAGAUAAUGUUGCAAUCGGCAAGGAACCCACUGAAUGUGUUUGGGUUCAUAAUAUAGGGUGCCUUGUUGCUGUCUAUUACAAUGGGCUUCCGCUAAAAGAUCUGCCUCUGAACCUAGUCGGAAUACACUAAUAUAAUGGACGAGGGACGAGUCACUGCUUCCUCAAAACAGGGAUCCAAAUUGCAAAACACCCAAUCCACCAUCAAGGAAAUUUGAGGCCAUUGAUGUGAACUGACUUGAAUCAGAUCUUUGUUAUUACUAUAAAAUUCCGUCCUGGUAAUAGCAUUAAAACGUUUGCUACUAUUAUCGUAGGGUAAACGAAAGUUUAAAUUGGUCGCGUUUGGGUUAUAUUUAUCCCCCACUUUCAUUACCCAUUUCAUGUUCGGGGCCAAAUCAAUGGCGAUAUUAAAUCGGAUAGGACAAUUCUUGAUAUCCUAUAGGGCUUUGUUUUCUACCACAAAAUCAUGCCCUUCCCAGUGAGCCGUGCCUGACGCGCUUUGCAUCUUGUCCAUAAUAGGGAGCGAGUUGUGUUUGAAUAGCAGUUUGCAAACUGCUAUCGAAAUGCUGUCUUAAAUUUUUCAUCAUGAGCAUACCAUUGCUGACCUCGAAUAAACUCUGAGGUAUCAUAAACCCUUGACAUCCUAAUUGAAUAUUGCUCCCAACUUCGUGGAUACAAAAUUCAAAGACUAUAGGUUUUUGACUUGUGCUCAAUAGAGCAUUAUGUCUAUGACUAGUCGUGGGCAUACUAAGCGAGUAAAGCGCCACUUCCCAACCAUGCCCAGCCAGAUGUAAGGGGGUCGGUAGGCGUACUUUAAAAGAAUAGUUUUAAUUGUCAGGAUAUUCAGGCGUUUUAUCACUCACUAGUACGACACACUGCAUGUUUGUAAAAAUGAGGUGUUGGUUAUUGAGGGUCCUUCUAUUUAAACGUUUAUGAACACGAGAUUCGCAAUGGUUUUACCCGCAUCCAAUUGAAGAAAUUCACCAUUGUUUUUAGCAAUUUCAAUUUCAGUCGUUUCCACAAAAUGCCUCCGACACGCUACCCAUUGCAAAUGCGUUGGUUCAAAAUACAUGAUACCUUCAUGGGUUCUUUCACAAUACACUUCUCUCAACAAGUUGGUUUUCUGCUCUCCCAUUAUUUGAGUUUGUAGUAAACCAGAGUGGACUAAAGAGACGGUAGAGACUUGAGACACGGCUCUUUGAAACAGGCAUCUAAAUUUCGAAAAACCCAUUCCAUGGUAAGGGAAAGAUAGAUAUAAUUGCCCAACACUUUGUAGACUUGUUGUCCUCCAAAUUCUGUCCGUUGAACGCCGUUAUAUUGAUUAGUGGUAUCUUCAUAAGGUAAACGAAAAUAACAGUUUGGUUCCACUGGUCUGUAUGUGUUAUGUUUUAUUUCAAACCACCCCAUUUUAACAGCAAAAUGUUUUUUCAAUACGAAAUUCUAACCCACAAGCCUGUAUUUGGUUAUAGCUUUUACAGUGGAGAAUAAAUUCAUCCCUAUUCCAUCCGGCAGUAAUAGUAUCACUUGGAAAAAAUAAUAUUGUCUAGCCCCACUUGAAAGAGCAAAGUGUUGAGUCACUAAAUGUUGUUCGCUAUCGAUACGAUGUUUCAAAAUUGUCAUUAAAUGAAUGCCACUGGUUGCGAUACGGGCUUCUUGAUUCGGGAUAUAACCUUCCCAUUGUAAUACCUGAUCGUCGUCGAGUUGUCGACUACACCAUGUGAAUUGAAACGGCCAUGUCACAUCAUCGUUGUGCAAUCCGGAGGUGUCUCUAUCAUAAGGGUUUGGGAAAGGGAUAGAAGCAAGGCUAUUUCCCACGUUCCGUUCUCUAACUGUAGGGGGGCUGGAAAACGUACUUUAAAAUGGUUGUUCUUGUUAUCGGGAGAUUCAGGAGUGGUACUACUUUCUAACACAACACUUAACAUUUUGAUAUUAAAAAUGAUCUUUUAUUCAACUGAGUCACUUUUAUUUAUACAAGAUCUGAUUUCGAAUCAAUGAAUCGUAAUCCCGACUAAAUCCCUUCCAGCGCACUAUGAGUUGAUUGCCUUUUCGUGCCAAGACUUUUUCAGCCCGGAAUAAUUGAUCGUCUACAUUCACUUUCUGUAAUUCUUGUUUGUAAAAACUACCUUCAAUAGGGGUCCCGUUCCAUUCUGUAAUCUCUUAGGUAUUGACCACCCCAGGAAUCACUUGACUAACUAAAAGGACUUCUUCGGUCCAUUGUGGCAAAUAGGAUUUAUCAAACACUUUUUGGUUUUUACCCAAUCGCACACGAUCCCCCACUUGAAAGAUAGAUUUUUGUCGCUUGGCCUUGAUCCGUUUUCGAUACAAAUUCAACCACACUUGUCGUUCAUUCUUAGCAUUCACAUCUUUGGGCGACAUUUUAAUACUUCGAUGAGUGGUAGAAUAAUAGCCUUUUAGGAGAGCCGGUAAAACGUCUAAAUAAAGCAACGUAUUAGCGGCGGUGAGAUAGCGGUAUAAGCGUUGUUUAAAUAUACGAUUGAACCGUUCCACGACAGCGGCUUUGGUGUCUCCUUUGGUAAAAAAUAAAUGAAUCUGAUGUUUUUUCAACAAGGCUCUAAAUGUUGCGUUUUUGAACUCAUGGCCGUCGUCGCUUUGAAUCGUCAAAGGAAUUUGUCCACUCUGUUGUAAUGCCUUAGCAAAAGCUUUGGUGACUUCUUUCGGAGACUUGUUUCUUAAAGGUACUACCCAAGUAAAUUUCGAAAGAACAUCUUUGACGCUUAAUAAAUAACGGGUCUUUUUAUUCCAUCUGGCUAGCUGACCCACUUCCAUUAAAUCAAAAACACACUGCUGAUUGAUAGAGAACACCAUCACUGGUUCCGUAGCAUAAUGAAGGCGGCGAGGCUUAUGCAACGUAUAACUCGGUAGUGACUGCAAUAGUUGUUGCGCUUCUCGGAAGGAGAGUUGGCUUUCGCAAAGGGUCGAACCCCACCCAGACUUCCUGCUUGUUUCGGGUUUUCGUACUUCUGUUGACUUGAUUUCAAGGUGUGAUACAAUGACAGGGAUCUGGUCGGGAAAAGAAUGUUGUAGAAUCAAAAACCAUACAUAGCCUGCUUGAUACCCAUAACUCCUCCUCUUACAAUCGAUAUACACGAUAAAUUGUCCCGUACUUGAUACACCCGUGGCUUGAAAUAGUUGUAUGGAGCAACAACGUACAAGAGGUAUCUUUAAUCCUUCAUCUUGAGCUAUCCAUGUAAAGAUUCCCUAAAGAAUAUAAGACCUCAUAUUGAUUUAAAAUGUGUUUAUUACGGAUCAAAAACAACCCUCCUGUAUCUAUAACAAACCGUUUUUUUUUUUAUUUUAAGCUCUGAUAUCGUUUUAUUUUAUCACUUUCAAUGUAUUAAAAACGUGCAGGUUCAAACAAGUUACGUCUAGAAUAAACUGCUAAGUUUAUCACAAUUCCCUACUAAUUGUAUGCAUUGCUCUCGGCGCGUUUCUUUUCCAAAAUCACCAAAAAAGAGGGUUUGAGCUUCUUUGUCCGUGGCUUGUUCUUCUACUGUUCUGUAAAAAGAACAACGGCUGGAAGUAGGUUGGACUUCUUUUCCCAGUAAGAAGUGGUCAAUCAGACGUUUCAGGUGUCUGUAGGCUUCCGCAAACUGACCGCAUUCCUGUGCAUACUUCAUAUAAUACCCCUUUAAGGCUUGGUAGGCUUCAGGAGUUCUACCGAGACUUUUGUAAUGCUCAUAAGCGGGACGCAUGCAUUCUUGAAAUCUAAGCCCUUGAAAAUGAUCUGGACUACAGAUUGAAUUUAUACAAUUCUCUACAACCGCGAAUCCUUCUUCUCGUAAGGGCACUUUGAAUUCCUCAAUGGGCGGGAAACAGAAUAAACCACUGUCCACAGCAGGUACUGUCUUCGGUUCUUUAGAACUCAUGGAGAUAGGUUGUAAUAAUUCUUUGUCUUUCGGAUGAAGAGGGCUGUCCACCCAUUGGAAAAAUCGACUGUUUCCAUCUCGUGAGGUGAAGAAACACUCUGUUCUUGUUUUUGGCAGUCCGGCUCAUUCUCAGGACGGUUUGGGUGCCAGCCACAUCUUUCAACUGGUCCCAUUGGCCUUCUACUUCUGGAUGAGUGUAAUUAUUACAGAAUUGGAGUAUUUCUAAUAUACUUCCUUUUUCAGCAAAGAUGUGACUGAGGGCAAUAAAAAUACCCUUUUAAAUUCUCUGUACGUUUGAACUUCAAGGUAUCUUGCACAUGAAAUGGACAGACAAGGAGUGAAUAGGCUUCUGCUGGAUCUGCUGGAGUCGGUGGUUCUGUGGGAGAAGGACUGGGGAGAGGGGUGUAGAAUCCACCAAACUAUUGCCGGGUAGAUCUCGCUCGACUUCUUGAAGGGCUUUUUCCAGGAUAGCUUCCAUGAUGAACAUCUGAUGAUUUGAGCUGCUCUUAGUCUCUUUUGAUAGUGUUUCAUUCGCAUGCGGUACAUGGUGGUAAAAGAAACGGCCGAGCGAACCAUGAAGUCGGUGCGCCAAGGUAAAAAUACUUCAUCGCCACUUCACCGCCUUGACGGUAAAAACUGCGUCGGCAACGUUUAUUAGCUUUUCACCGCUCUGUUUGCGACGGUAAAAUUGAUAUCUAAACAAACUAUCACUCCGAAAAGUAAGUUGUUUAUAUGUUUUUGAUCAGAGCGUUUGAAAAGAUAUUUUUUUUUGAGUGAAAAAAUGACUUUGCCUCCUUGCUUUGGAUUAUAAAUAGGAUUGAUUACUUUUGCAAUGUUUAAAAGUCUAAAAGUGAUUUUUGCUUGCUAGAGUGAAUUGAUUGCUUGCGUUGCUGUGUAAAGCACUUUUGAUUUGAAAAUAUACUUUUUCAGCAUGAAUAAGUGUUGUUUUUCAAAAUUGCUCUCCUUAUUGUGGAAUAGGUCUCAAGCGUGACAAGCGGUGAUACUUACGAGAAUUUUACCCUAAUUUUCCUGAGUGAAAUUAAUCCUGAAUUGGUCGUGCCCAUGCGUUGUUCGAAAGGAAUGACUGUGUAUGUUUGUCCCAGAUAACUGCUAUGGACGAUUUGUUGACAAAUAUGAACCCGUUCUAACAUCGCUACUAUUUAAUGAGUUUCCGAACAUAGGUUACUGUUUUUGUUCCGAUUAGCACAUGAUCCCUCACCUGACUAUAGCACGAAGAAAAACCCUAACUCACACUAUAACACGAACCUUAACCCUAAGUAUGCGAAUCAUGCGCGAUUCUUGAUCACAUCACAGGGUCCAGAGGAGAUGUGUUUGUCGUUAGAGCAUCAAAACCCGUCGAAAACCUCUGAAAAAUGGGUUAUUUUGAUCGCGUUACAGUUUCGUUACACAUUCUAUAGACCGCAAACCAAGAGACUGAGGGUCCGCAUUCGUGCCUCGGUCGCCCUUCGGGCGACGUGCCGUGCGCCAGCGAGGAUAUGGCUUGCGGUUAUUGAUUUUUAAAAUGGCGAACGACAAAGUCGAUCUGGGUCAGAUAAUAAAAGAAAAAAACCGUUUACAGUAGAUUCAUAAGAGGCUGUGGAAAGAUCUAGUGGUUGCCCGCCUUCGGGCGACCAACAUCACAUCACAUCACAUUAAGAUCCCAUUGGGCUAAUUAAUCGUGCUAAGCGACAGGUAUAGACAUUUUUCAAGGUGAGACUUUGAAAAAGUAAUUCAUUUAUUCACACGAAACUCCUCUGGAACCCGUGAUCACAUGACACACCUCCACCCGCGAUCCCACGCGUGUGCCUCAGGUCCAAACCCUCAUUCGGUCCCAAACGCGGACCCAGGACCAAAAAGUAGACCAAAAAGGGCAAUCUAUCUUUUUUUACACCACGUUUUCCUCCUCAAUUUUUCUUAUUCCCUCCUCCUCCUCGACAGUUUUAUUAUUUUCCCUCCUCCUACUCCACCUCCUCAUUUUUUACAUAUUUUUUUCCCUCCACCACCACUACCAAAUUUCUAUUGUUUCCCUCCUCCACCACCACCACAACCACAUUUAUGUUGCUUUCACUCCUCCUAUUGUUUUCCUACCAGACAGGCCAAAAAGGCCAACCUCGAGCCAAAGUAGCCAAAAUCAGGCCUAAAAGGCCAAACUCAGGCCAAAAAAGCCCAACUCAAAGAACCAAUAUUGUUGGUAGGAAAACAAUAGGAGGAGUGAAUAUAAUAGAAAUGUGGUGGUGGUGGUGGAGGGAAACAAUAGAAAUGUGGUGGUGGUGGUGGUGGUGGUGGUGGAGAGAAAACAAUGGAAAUGUGGUGGUGGUGGUGAAGGGAAAAAUAUAUUUAAAAAAUGAGGUGGAGUAGGAGGGGAGAAAAUGAUAAAAUUGUGGAGGAGGAGGAAAAUAAAAAAAUUAGGAGGGAAAAUAAUAAAAUUGUGAAGGAGUGUAUGAAAAAAUUGAAGAGGGAAACAUAGUGUAAAAAAAGAUAGAUUGCCCUUUUUGGUCUACUAAAUAGAUAUUUUAAAAUCACAGAGUAUUUUCUCUUUUUGCAAUUAUUAAAGGGUCAUAAAGUUGAUUUCUCGUGUGUUAAGAAACGUGUCUGGUUUUACCGCUAUUAGUCGCGUGUUUUAAAUAAUACGUCAAGGUUCUCCUGUUGGGUUUUUACUGCAGAGCUGAACUAAUUUGUAUGUAACGGUGGGCUUGUUAACUCGCAUAAUUAACUGACUAACGGCGCGUGAAAUAAGACAAUAAACUCACCAAGCGCUGAGACUCCACUUUGUGCAUGUUUUAUAGUGUUUUGUUUAUAUAUCCGAUUUUUAUCGCUAAAUAGAAGACAUAAGCCGUUUCUCGCGAUGCUAGGUGAUCGCUACCUCUUAUUUCUAUUUUUUAAUACACAGUCCGACAAACCGGGCUAAAGUUACGUAACGGGCAAGUCGUGGUAAAGUCUAUUGUUCCUAUUGUUUAAGAGAGACGCUCAUUAAUAAACCUAUACCGAAUUAGUUUGCUUUUACUGGAACAACCGUAAUUUUCUGUACCAUUUGUUUGGAUUACCAGUGCCAAGAUUCCUCUCGAGAGAAAGUGUAAAAUUUGCCGGUAUUUUGUAAAUGGCACAAUUCAAUCUAAUUCCUGUUUCGAUGCAAAAAAAUUGUCAGUACCAUGUGACGGAAAAUUUUCACCGAAAUUUCCGUAUAAAUGGUAAGCGCUCGAGAUUAAAAGGGCCAACAUGGCCGGCGUGGGUCAGCUGAGAACCAGCAAUAACCAACAAAUCACACUCGAAAUAUUUCUUAACAAACCGACAAAGACAAGACAAAACUGACAUUUUUUCCUCACCUGUUUUGUUCCGGCUUUGUUUUAUAGGUGCUUACAUCCAGGGCUUACAUCCGAUUUAACAUCUUUCUCUCCCUUAACCAAUUUUACAUCUUCUGGAACUUUCGCACUACGAAAAUAUCUCUCACUUGUUUUCUUUAAAAAGAAAUCUGAUGUUUGGAGGACAUCAGCUCCUUUUUUGACCGUUCUUCACAUAUAGAUAACUUUAAGGUGGCCCGAACCUUUUUAAAUGUGCGUUGGUUAUGAUUUUGAAUGGCGUUUUUUGGCAGGAAUGAUUUAACCGAUUUCCAUGAUUUUUGGCAUCCUUAAUAAAGAAUGGUCGAACUUGCUUAACUUUUUUUUAAGCAUAUGUCGAUAUCUCAAACGCUUCUAUAUCUAUAAGAAAAUAAAUAGCAUUUUCUUAAAGUUCAACCAUUCUUUAUUAAGGAUGCCAAAAAUCGUAGAAAUCGGUUAAAUCAUUCCUGCCGAAAAGCCCGAUUCAAAAACAUAACCAACGCGCAAAUAAUUAGGUUCGGGCCACCUUGAAGGUGAAUUCGAUGGGAAUAGUUGAUGUUCAUUAUCAUUAGGUUCUUCACAUGCGACAAAACUUCGUGUGUUAAUAUAUUUCCUCAUGUUGUUUUUUAAGGCUAGUGGUGCAACUGCCAUAAGAGCAUUAUUUACCCUGCUGAACAAGGAAAACAAACCUGUCAUAUUGCUUGGACCAUCCAACACAGCUGCCCUGGAACCCGUUGCAGAGUCGGCAAAACAAUGGAAACUGGUUCAGGUUUGGACAUCAACUUUAUUGUUAUCAUGUUAAUGUUCAACUUGUCUGUGGUGUGGCAAAAUGAAUAAAACAAUCAAUCAGUAGAUGAUUCCCUCUAAUGUUCCCAUAUGAUACUUCGAGUAUUUUGAGUGCAGUGAGAUAAACGAGCAGGAUUUUCUUAUUCAUUUCUCCUUUAAUUGAAUCAUUUCACUAUUAAGCUGGAGUACGAGAAUGGCUCGUCUUCGGCUCGCCAAUGUUAACGCCAAUACAGAUAUCCCCCUUUAGAGUGUUUUCACAUGACUUCACGGCGACCAUAUUGGUGUUCCAAAACAAUGAAACGGCGGCCAUUUUAGUGUUCCAAAGCAGUCCUCUUCGAGCUGACUUCUUUUCUCAUACAAACGCAUUCUUUUGUAAUUCCAGUAAAUUUGCGUAGAUGCUGCUCACGUGAGUGAAGAGGCUCUAUACAUUGUCGUAUUCAUUAGUUAGGUUAUGGACGUAUUUUAUGUUGUAAGAACGGAGUCAUACACUCCGGUCGUUUCUGCAGGUAAUCACUCUUGCAAAAGCAAAAAGGCAUUAAAUUUCAGAUUUUCUCCUUCCCGUCUUUCAGGUUUCUUAUGCAUCAGGUUCGCCAAAAUUUGAAAGCAACAGAACCUAUCCGAACACGUACCGUGUGGUUCCGUCCUCGGUUUCACUUAGCAAAGCAAAAGUUGCCUUCAUAAAGUACUUUGGAUGGAAGAGAGUAGCCAUACUGCACCAAUACGAUCCAGAAUUUUUUUCUCCUGUACAGUACUAUUUUUUAUUUUAAUGUUUAACAUAAAUUUCGAUUAUAAGUAUGAACGUUAAGUUUCCACAGUAAGUGCACUACUGCUUUUUAACUGCGUAGCGCGAGAGCAGAAUUGGCAUUUCAACGGUUUUCUCUUUACACCUGCCUUGCAAACACUAUUUCCUGGCGCAGCUGUUCCUUUACGCAAUAUGCAUAGAGCCAAGACAGUACAAUUUAGCAGCCAACGAUUCUACGAUAUGACUCGACCAAUAGUUCAUGAAGGUCGUAAGAACGAGGAAUAUUUGAUGUACAAGACGCAAUAUGUGCAGUAGAGUGUACCAAGUUCCACUAGGUUUCUAUAAUGCCAUUAUCCCGACGAAACAAGUCAUCCGGCAAUUUCGACGCUUUUUAUCGGGUAAUCUCGGUACCUAUCAUACGGUCUACAGAGGGAUGAUUCUCUUAUUUUCAGAGACCCAGUAAAUGAUACAAAUUUUAGUUCCAACAACUGCGCUGAAUAGUUGAGGAAAAUGGGUUGGAUUUGUAUAGACUUACAUCCAGCUCAUACUGGACCUCCGGUCUUUACAAGUUUUUCUUCUGAGAACCCUACCUCGUAAAAUCGUCCUGCCCCAAGGGAAAGUUCAUUUAAUAUGACAAGGGGGGAUGAAGAUAUUGAGGGGGGCUUCGAAAAUUUUUAGACACCUGAAGGGGGCUCUGAAAAAAAUUGUUGCGCUAGGAGGGGGCUCCGAAAAUUUGUAUACUUCAAAACCAUCACAUGACAUCAUCAUACAGAUCCGAUGGUUUUCAACUCAACAAUUUAAUGACCUGUGCAACUCAGCUAUAUCACGUGGUUUACAGAUAUAACAAAUGUAGUCUCAGUAAUUAUUACACUCUUGUUCAUCCCAAAAAUGCUUUAGAAAAUUGUAUCACAACUGUAUCUCAAGUUUGUCAUAGUAUAAACCAUUGAAGACAAUAACGGCAAAUAUAUUUAAUACAGUCUAGCGAUCUUUUUCAGGGAGCAAAGGAAUUGAAGGAGGAGGGGGCUCUGAAAUUUUUUCGACUACCAAGGAGGGGCUCUUAAAAAUUGAACCGCUAGCGAGGGGCUGCUAAAAUUUCAAGCUUCGAGUUUCAAUAUCUUCAUCCCCCCCCCCUUGUCAUAUUAAAUGAACUUUCCCCAAGUUCAUUAUUAUAAUCCCGACUUACGUUCUUUUACUUUCCUUCUAAAAAUCUAAAACUCUCAAGGCAGAUUUAGACUAGACGCGUAACAUGCGACACAAUAAACCCUCCACAUCGACCCAUUGAUUGACUGUUCAUUUUUUUAUUGUUUUGUUUGCUUGUUUUUUGCACAGACAGUGGAUAAGUUGAAGAUCGAACUUGUGAAGAGCAACAUUAGCAUCAUUGCAAUUGAAGGUUUUGAAGAGCUCGGCGAUGUCAGUUUUCAGAUGGAAAAACUCAAGGUUAACUCCUAGUUAUCAAUUAUUCAUUUUAGUUAUUUUUUGCAUUUUCUGGCUCUACCUUGACACUGCCUCUGAGCUUCUUCUCAAAUCUGGUGUCUUUGUCUGUUUUUAUUAGAAAUUGGAUGCUAGAAUAAUUAUUGGAGAGUUCAGCUACGUCGGUGCAAGGAACGUUUUCUGUGAAGUAAGUAAUGUAACAAAGCAGAGAAUGUGCUUUACCCUGAUUUCUGGUUUCAGUGUUCAAUGCUGACCUGACUUAUAACUUGACUCAUGACUCGUUGACUCUAGCCUGCGUUGCCGAGACAGACUUGUCACUAGAGGUCUCUAUCUGGGUCUCGAAUCGGGGAAAUAGACUGUCUGCAACGCAGGCUAGUUGACCCACGUGACUAUUAAAACAAGAUUUCUCACAUUAAUGCCCACGAUUUAUUAUGUUUUGUCCUUCUCAGGCCUUUUAACGGUAUGAAACGAAAAAGUAGAGAGCUAUGAUGUUUUAUCUUUUUUUCUGACAAACAAAAACCUUUGUUUAGCUGUGUUACAUAUAACUCCAACUCAUGAAAUUUUUAUAAUGCAGGCCUUCAAAAGGAAGAUGUAUGGACCGAAUUAUGCUUGGAUAAUAUUUGGUGAAUUCAGCCCUACAGAAAUUUUCACUGAUGACCUGAAACUUCAAAAAAGUGCUUUAAUUGAUUGUUCAAGUGACGAGCUAAAGGAGGCAGCGAAUGGUUACAUUUCCACCAUCAAGCUGGACAUCCGUAAGGACAAUAACCAAACCAUAUCCGGCUUGGUAAGUUGACUAGUACGUUGAUAGAGGACAUUAACUAUUGCGCAAACGUUUCCCUUGCUUUGCGGCACUGUAGCCUUGAAGGGUGAAUUCUGCAGGUACGAACACCAUCAUGUUACAUAAAUGCAGUGUUUCUUUGUUGGCACCGCUUUUCGCUCAAAGGACGGUGAGAUGUUAUUAAGAAGACUACCUUUUCAAGUUCUAGCUUUCUUUGCAUUCAAAAAAACAGAACUUUCCUAAUAAAACACCAGUUCUGGAGCGCCAUUUUUUUUUCAUGUUGUUGUCGUUAUCAUUGUCACAUCAACGUUACCUUUUCAUGUUUCUUAAGACGUCUGAAAGAUUCUGGUGGCAGAUGAGGCAACUGAACAAGAACAACAAUCUGAGAAAGGACUCUGCGUACGCCUUCGAUUCAGCAUGGGUAGUAGCCAUGGCACUGGAUUCCGCUUUUGCUAAAGGGAUGAAAUAUGAGAAGCUUUUAAACCGAAAAUUCAAGCAAGUUGUAGCGAUAAGAAGUGGUAUUCAAAACGUAAACUUCGCGGGAUUAACUGUAAGUAUAAUCUACGAUAACACGGCAGAUUUUGAAUUAAGCGUUUUAUCAAUAAGCAUUAUGCUACACUUUCUUUUAAGACACAGAAACAGAAAAAUUGUUUUGGGUGCAGGCAAAAGCUAAUUUUAAAUAACAAUAUACCUCAGUUUUUCUUAAAAAUUCCAGUACUUUUAAGAUAAAAUUUAGUUUUUUUGUUGUACAGGGGCCUGUAGGCUUUGAUGAAAACAGAGAAAGAGUUGGAACAGUUCUUAUUAAGCAAAAUAGAGAAGGUAAGGUGCUCUGUAAGGAUGAUAGUUUCUUUUAGAAAAAGUGCUUGGAAGAAGAAUUUCCUCUAAAAUCGACAAGAUGAGUUAUGAAGAAACGCACCAUUUUGCAGUUGUCUCCCAAAAUAACAAGCACAUUAAAAAAUACAUUAACUUACAGGACGUUGAGAGAAGACCUUGUUAUGUGUAAUAUUUAUAAUCAUAGUCGUUUCAGUUUAAGUUUCAGUUGAUUGCCAGCUCGUUAUGUGAAUAACAGAUAAGGUUUUUGUUGUCCUUUUUUAGGAAACGAAACUAGGAUUGGUCAACAUUUCACCUCCUCCGACGAACUCCAUCUAUUUGAAUCUGAGCGAAAUAAGAUAUGGGAAGGUAAUAAACGUUUCCAUUGCACUUCAAUGUCUUAUCAAAAUAUCUAAAUUGCAGUCACUGAUGAUGAUGACGAUAAUGACGAUAUGAUGACAAUAAUGAUAAUGAUGACGAUGAUAACAUUGACGUUGGUGAUUUAAUAGAUCUAUUCGGCUAACUCAAUGUUGUACCCAAUUCAAAUCUCCCGGGGAUAAGAUUCUUUGUGUAUUUUAUUUGCAUUGUAAUGUGGCAUUCACAUUUAAAUGAUAUGGAAAUUCCUGAAACAAAACGUUUUAUUCCCAAAGGGUUUGAAUUAGGUACAACAUUGAGUUAGCCGAAUAGUCUAUGAAUAAUCGAUUAACAUCUCGGUAGAUUCUGUUGGAAAUAACCGAAGCUGAUAUAGCGUACACUCCCUAGAGUGCCUUUUCGUUAUUGAAGCGCCGUCCACUUGCCACGUCGUCUGGUGUCCUGUUUAGUUCCUUGAACAAUCUGCAACUCUAAGUACAUUCUAUAAUUUGCUCAUCUGAUUUUCAGUAUUCUUUGCUGUCUCUCCAGUUAAAUGUACACAUGAGUUUAGGGCACAGUCCGUUCAGAGUCAACGAUAAUAUGCAUGAGCAUAUGGGCUCCCCCAAAUUUAGGGCUACUUAGAUUUUUUGGGCAGCAAGGGAAAUUUGGGCCAAGCCAGUUUUUAAAGAUUCAAAAACCUACCAUGAGAGCAGAGCUUUAAUGACCGCCAUUUGUGACUUGGAGUUUAUCUUCGGACUGUGUGUGCUGAAAGUAAUCCUGAGCAACAAUAGUAGUCUGUGCAAGGUUGGGACUGUGAGAAUUCUGUCAGAUGUGCCAUUUUCUAGGGAGGGAGAGAUUUACUAGAUCUUACUAGACUUCGCUUAAGCUCUCUCCAACUAAGUUUAUAACAUUGUUACUGGCCAAAGACGUUUCUGUUGCGUGCCCAUAUAUAGUACUACUCAAAUUUUGUUAGAAACGACCUUUAUCUAUGGAUAAUCAGUUGCUGACCUGCAGCUUGAGCUGGGGCUAUGAACGCCUGCUACGGUGAGAUUUCUCUAAUUUCAAGCAUUGUUCUAAGCAAUUACUUAAUGCCAAAGAAAGUAGAGCAAAAGUCUCCAUUGUUCCAUGUUACAAGAAACGCGGUCGCGUGGUUUUGGUUUUGGACUCUUUUUGAUUUCAUCUUUUGCAUUUCUCCUUCAGACAAUCGACCACCGAAGGAUCACACCAGCAGAAAAAUUGAGCUGAUGAUGAGUCCUUUACCACUUAUCGUCAUAAUGUGGUUCAUGGCAGCGAUCGGCAUCAUCUGCUCGUUGAGCUUUCUAUAUUUUAACAUCAGUAACGGUAAAAACAGGUAGGACUUUAACCUUGCUGUUUCUGACCUUUUCCAAUACAAAACAUAUUCUCAGGCAAAAGCCUUUUUGAAUAGUUUCCGAUCUCUAAUCUCAACUUGCAUUAAAUAUUGGAGCUCUUUGCAUAUUUACAUCUUUUAUUUUCAUUUUGUCAGGAUAAUCAAGAUGUCGUCGCCUAAACUUAACAAUAUUGUUAUUAUGGGAUGCAUCCUGUGCUACGCCUCCAUUGUUUUGUUGGGUUUGGAUGCGAGGUUUCUCGAUUUGCAAGGUUAUGGCAUCAACUGCAACGUAAGGAAAUUAAUUAUUAACGAGCAUUUUCUUGAGCAAGAGUCUACCCUUUUCUGACGUAUGAUAGAGCUGAAAGCUUUCCUUCAUUUUGGUGAACAAUGUACUAAGGCGGCUAACGUAGAAUUCCCGAUAAGACGGACUAAUUUUUUACCUGUGCAACCUGUUUACACAAAACCGUGCCAAAUCUGUGCAUAUUACAGUAGUUUUCAAACAAAUUUUUGCCGGUGGCAGCAUUGGAAUGGCUUUUUUUAUCACGGCGCGUAACUAGGCUUCAGGCUUGUCAGUACAACGUUGGGUCGGGGCCGGGGUCUAUCUUUUUGUUUAAAAGAGUGCUGUUUUAGGGUUAGGGUUAGGGUUAGGGUUAGGUUAUGGUUAGGGUUAGGGUUAGUGUCAACCCUAACCCUAACCAUAAUCCUAACCCUAAAACAGCAUUCUUUGAAUAUAAGACAAACCCCGGCCCCGGCCCCGGCCCCAGCCUCGAACCCGACCCCGACCUCGUCCCGCGUUUUACUGAUACCCGGCUUCUACCGCACAAACUGCACAAAACUUGCACAGUUCAGGUGUUUACACGAGUCCGUGUAACAGUUGAACCGUUCUAUCAGGUCAAGCUGCGCACCUUGCCGCAGGUUCCAUGUAAACGAAAGGCAGAUCCGAUUUCACAAGUGUUCGUCCGUUCAAAACUUUGUCCGGGCCCGAGUAAAGGGGGUCAACCUUUAAGAUAGCAGUUAUAUUUCUACUCAUUCUAUUCCUUCCCGUAUUUUUGAAAGAAGAAAAUGAGCCAAAAAAUGUAAAGUUUUGGAUUUAUUAAUAAAAUGAGUUCGAUUCUUACCAACAGGCACGAGCUGCAGUGCUGUCUAUCGGAUUUUCCUUAUCCUUCGGUGCAAUGUUCAGCAAAACAUGGCGAGUUCACAAGAUAUUCACAGCGGCCAAGACUCUCAAGAAAAUGGUACGAUGUGGUCCACUCUGUAUUGCAGUUCGGUCUAGGUGUUUGCAAAUUAUAUGGCAGUUAAAGGCUUCUCUUGACCUUGACCUCUUCACCUUGAAUUGGAUGAAAAUUCAAGAUGGAUACUCCACGAUUAAAAUACGAGCAUUCAACUAGUGUAAAGUAACCUCCAAAGAAACCCUAGCUAUCGUUGUGUAGACCUUUUGUUUAAUUUAGGAAAUUUCAUAAAAAAUAUUAGCUUUAGUGUUCUAUUCACUGUUUUUCUCUUACAGCAACACACUUUACUUGCGUCCCUCGACAAAUUACAAUUGGGUAGAAUGAUAUGGUGAGAUAAAUAAUUAAAACCCAGCAAUCUGAAAUGAAGCAUGAACGGUUCUUUAACAUUCCAAUGCUAAAAGUAAUCACCAAUGCAUAAAAUGUAGUUAAAGCUUUUGAGUAUGUAUACUAACUUCUAUGAUGUUCUUAAUCGAAUGAAUCUUUAACGGGAAUAAUUUCGUAAAGCACUCUUUUCUGUUAUGUUAUAACAGGCUAUAAAGGAUCUUCAUCUCCUUGCAAUCGUAGCAGUAUUGUUAACAGUGGAUGUUAUUUUCUUGUCCUGUUGGAUUAUUAUCGACCCAUUCCAAGCUGAAGAAUUAAAAUUCGAAGAACUGGUAGGAACUUUUGAGUCGUUUUAACUUCUCGCGUGAACUAUUUAUCACGAUAAAACCUUGGUGUUUAACAGCUUCAACUGCUUAAAAAAACUCGAAGGUCAUAUUAUCAUUAUUCACUCUUGCAGGGGUACAAUAGGCUUGUGAAGCUCCAGCUUUGAAUGCUCCCAUUGGGUUGUUUCUUUCUUGUUUCCUAGUUUCUUAGAAUGGAUAAUCUUUCUACUGAGCUACGGCAGGCAAACUCUCUUGAGGCUUUCAGGGCCGCUUGGGGCUGAAAACAUUUUUUACUAUAAUAGUUGUUUAUUUAUUAUUUUUUUUUAAUUCCUGAUGGAUUGACAUAGCUUAAGUAAAAGUUUUCAUCCACUUAUUUCAUUCAUUCAUUCAUUCAUUCAUUCAUUCAUUCAUCUACUCAUUCAUAUAGGCGUACCUUUAACUAACAAAUAUUUUAAAGCAUGAUUACUUUCAUGCCAUUUUUUAUCCAUAGAGCCGAAAGGAACAAGACACUAUCAUCAUUCCGGCUUUAUACCAGUGCACCUGCAAAUACAAGACCUAUUUUCUGGCAGUCCUGUUUGCCUACAAAGGAAUACUUCUGUUAUUUGGGCUCUUCCUAGCCUGGGAGACACGCAAUGUCACAAUUCCUGCCUUAAAUGACUCCAAGUACAUUGGGAUGUCUGUUUAUAAUGUUGUUGUGUUGUCCAUUAUCGGUGCUAUUGUGGCCAUUGCACUGGAUGGAUCCAUGUACUACGAAGCUCCUUAUGCCAUUUCCUCGCUCUGUCUUAUUGUCUGUACUACAGUUACGCUGUUAUUGGUAUUUGUUCCAAAGGUAAGUCAUAACAUAAUUGUGCCGCUGCUGAUGCUUCGUACUGCUAUUGCUACUGCCGCUACUGCUGCUACUACUAUUACUAACUACUAAUACCACCACCAGUACCACUACCACCACCACUGCCACUACUAGUGCCACCACCACAACCACUACCACUACCACCACCACCACCACCAUUACCACCGACCUCUACUACCCCUUCUACUACCACCACUACCACCGCCUCUACCACCACCGCCACUACCACCACCUCCACCACCACCACCUUCACCACCACUACCACUGCCACUGCCACCAAUACCACCGCCUCCACCACCACCACCACCACCACCACCACUACCUCUACCAUGCCGUGACGUCUUACUGUAAGCUCUGUAAAAAUAACCAGCAGCGUGAAUGAAAAUCGUCGUUUUUCAUUUUAAAACACCCCCAAUACCUUUACCUUUAGAUCUACCAAUUCCUUAUGAAGGAAGAAGGAAUCCUCCAAGCCUCCUCUAUGCAUGCUGCUGCUACCGGCAGACCGCGGGCUCAUAGUCACAGCCUGACGUGCGCAAGCCCUGUGCUUAAAGAACGACAUACCUCAUUUACCUGCAAAAGCACACAAACCGAUUUUGAUGCCCCAGAAAGUGCAGGUAAAGAAAGUAAUGAUUGA